GAAAAGCCACGUCAUCUCAUCGGCACCAUCCAUUUGGAUUCUCCUUCCUCUCUCAGCAUUACCAGUUUUCCACUUCAUUAUCAAAGUUAACGACCAUCAUCAUUCAUUUUCUUCUCUCCUUCAUUUUCCACCUCACAAUUCUCUCAGGUCGAUUUUGCACUCUUUUUUCUGCUCCUUAAUCUCUCUGUAAACUCCUUAACUUCCAAAAUGUCCCUCUGCUACACUUCCAAUUUCAUAUCACUGAAUCAUCAAAAAAGCCUUUCCUUAACCUUCUCGUCGGACUCUCCUCGCUUCAUCAACCUAUUUUCAGUUAAGCAUCGGAAACCACACCACCCCAUUAAGUUCACCGCUGAAAGAUUCAAACUUUUUGCCUCCCUGACGUCAUCUCCGCCCACUGAGACUGCCCCAUCAAGUUACAGGAGCAAGAGUCCUAAAGAUGUUAACGUCUUGGUGGUGGGUUCAACUGGGUACAUUGGAAAUUAUGUUGUGAGAGAGUUGGUGAAGAGAGGGUUCAACGUCACAGCCAUUGCUAGAGAGAGGAGCGGAAUUAGGGGUAGUGUUGACAAGGAUCAGACGUUGAAUCAGUUAAGAGGGGCCAAUGUGUGUUUCUCGGAUGUGACCAAUCUGGAUGCUUUUGAAGGGUCUUUGAACAGCUUGGGAAAUUCUUUUGAUGUUGUGGUGUCAUGCCUUGCAAGUAGAAAUGGAGGGGUGAAGGACUCUUGGAAGAUUGAUUAUGAGGCAACAAGGAAUAGCCUUGUUGCUGGAAGAAAACGAGGGGCUUCACAUUUUGUGUUGCUUUCAGCAAUAUGUGUGCAGAAGCCCCUCCUUGAGUUUCAGCGUGCCAAGUUGAAGUUUGAGGAUGAGUUGAUGAAGUUAGCUGAGGAGGAUGGUGGAUUCAGUUAUAGUAUAGUGAGGCCAACCGCAUUUUUCAAGAGUUUGGGAGGUCAGGUUGAGUUGGUGAAGGAUGGGAAGCCAUAUGUCAUGUUUGGAGAUGGGAAACUGUGUGCUUGUAAGCCUAUAAGUGAGUCAGAUUUGGCUUCUUUUAUUGUGGAUUGUGUGCUUAGUGAGGAUAAGAUUAACAAGGUGUUGCCAAUUGGAGGGCCUGGAAAGGCGUUGACACCACUGGAACAAGGAGAGAUACUGUUUAGGCUUUUGGGGAAGGAGCCAAAAUUCUUGAAAGUUCCAAUAGGAAUAAUGGAUUUUGCCAUUGGGGUUCUUGAUUUCCUGGUUAAAGUCUUUCCUUCACUGGAAGAUGCUGCUGAGUUUGGGAAAAUUGGAAGGUACUAUGCGGCAGAAAGUAUGUUGCUUUUGGAUCCUGAGACUGGAGAGUAUAGUGCUGAGAAGACACCUAGCUAUGGAAAUGAUACAUUGGAAGAGUUUUUUGCUAGGGUUCUCAGGGAGGGCAUGGCUGGUCAAGAGCUAGGUGAGCAAACAAUAUUUUAAGACGGUUGUGCUUUAGAUAUGUAUGAACACAAUAAGGCAAUUAGAGAAACCAGUUUUGUUUCUGUAAAUGCAUGUAUUAAGCUAGAAUCAUUGUAAUAUUACAAGCUCAGACAUUGCUGAAAGAAAUUCAAGUCCCUGAAAAUGAAUUGUUGAAGAUUCAUUCUUAAAUUGAA